AUGUUAGUGCCUCUCCGCCCACUCCCUCCUCCCGCCUCUCCGCCCACUCCCUCCUCCCGCCUCUCCGCCCACUCCCUCCUCCCGCCUCUCCGCCCACUCCUUCCUCCCGCCUCUCCGCCCACUCCCGCCUGCCUCUCCGCCCACUCCCGCCUCCCUCUUCGCCCACUCCCGCCUCCCGCCUCUCCGCCCACUCCCUCCUCCCGCCUCUCCGCCCACUCCCUCCGCCCACUCUUCCUCCCGCCUCUCCGCCCACUCCUUCCUCCCGCCUCUCCGCCCACUCCCGCCUGCCUCUCCGCCCACUCCCGCCUCCCUCUUCGCCCACUCCCGCCUCCCGCCUCUCCGCCCACUCCCUCCUCCCGCCUCUCCGCCCACUCCCUCCUCCCGCCUCUCCGCCACUCCUUCCUCCCGCCUCUCCGCCCACUCCCGCCUGCCUCUCCGCCCACUCCCGCCUCCCUCUUCGCCCACUCCCGCCUCCCGCCUCUCCGCCCACUCCCUCCUCCCGCCUCUCCGCCCACUCCCUCCUCCGCCUCUCCGCCCACUCCUUCCUCCCGCCUCUCCGCCCACUCCCGCCUGCCUCUCCGCCCACUCCCGCCUCCCUCUCCGCCCACUCCCGCCUCCCGCCUCUCCGCCCACUCCCGCCUCCCUCUUCGCCCACUCCCGCCUCCCGCCUCUCCGCCCACUCCCGCCUCCCGCCUCUCCGCCCACUCCCGCCUGCCUCUCCAGUUUGUAUAG